AAUCAAUCACUUAAACUCGUCCUGGAGCGAACCCAUCGCAACCAUCCACACCUGGCCUCGCUGAAGUGGACGCUAAUUUAUGCAGGACCCCAUCUCAUCGAGGGUGGCGAUGGGACACUAGUCUACCUGUUAGAAAGUCGGCUAUCCUUGUGUUGUAAACAAAGGAUGAAGCACGUGCUGAUAUCGAAGGGGCGCAUGCGCACACUUAACAGUGGGUUAACAGAGGUCCUUUACAGUGCUUUUUAAAGAAGCUGCCUGCUGUUGGCCCUUUCAGUGCGUUUUCAGACGUUCGUGCGGUUGGUUUGGCCAUCGAAAACAGUGCCAAGAAACAGAUCAAUUGACAUCCCAUCGGUCGAACUGUGGCAACAAGUGUCCUGCGAGGAUGUGCGUGAGAAGCUCGCUGUGCAGUGUGAUUUUAGUUUACCUCGUCGCCCUGCUCGGUGCGGCCAUUGUGGUGCUGGCCCAGAACGAAGGGAAUAUAUCCCAGGUGGCGGAGGAGGCGGUGGGCGGGGAGUGCGGCAGCACGCAGAAAAUGGUGGACGAGUGCUUCAAGGAUCUGCCGCCGCAUCUCAUGGAAUUCCUGCAGAACACCAAGACAGCCAUCAGCAAAAAGGACAUCACCCAAAAGUGCAACAUAUUCAACCGCGGCAUGAGGUGCUUCGAUACUUACUCGAAGCGUUGCCUGGACGAUCGAAAGCUGGGCACGUUCAAGAACAAUGUGGAGGGCGCCCGUCGAUUUUUCUACAAAUUCUGCGGCGACACCGACUUUCAGCGGGACUACCUGCGGCACAAGGACUGCUUCGCACACAUCCAAAUGGACUGGGUCACCUGCACGGCCGAGUUCGAGGGCAUCCUCAGCGACGAGGUGCACGACGAGAGGCGCAACGCCAGCGAAAAGUUCCUCGAAUUCUGCUGUGCCCGCUACGCGUACGAGAACUGCAUCUACAACAGCGCCCGCUACAAGUGCUACAAGCACUCGGCGGAGUUCGCCCGCGAGACGGCCAAAAUGCUGUCGGACGAGAAGCACUUCAGGAACUGCGCCGUCCUCCAGAACAUCUGCGCCUCGAACGGAGCCGUGCUGGGACUGGACAAGUGGCACUGGAUGGGGCUGCGGAUGGGCAUGCCGAUGACGCUGCUGCUGACGCUGCUGGCGGUGCGGAUCUGGCCGUAAAUCGAAAUGUGGCCAGGACACUCGUUUGGUGGUGCGAUGUGAUGUGGAGCUGCGGUUGUGGCUGCUGGUCUGAGCUUGAGUUUUCCCUGUUUUUGUUUGUUGUUUUCGUUUUGGGUUGCAGUUGUCCCAAUGAGAAUGCCAAGCAUUUGAGCUCCCCUUAGUCACCCAUCGAUAAGAAACAAGAAAAAAAGGAGCCCUCUCUCUCUACGUGUCUGUGAAUCUUCCAGUGUCGUUGUUGGGGCGAGAUUGCUGGGCGGGCGGGUUACUGGGUCGGAUAGCGGCACUGGUUCUGUGUUUUUCGUAUGCUAAGCUAACUUGAAUGCAUAUUUCGAAAUAAAUGAAUAUUC